UUGCAACAACAACUGCGACUUUGAAAGACCGGAAUCUCUCUCUUCCAACUGACACGAAACACCAAGAAAAAAACACACACAAGAACUGACCAAGAGAAAUCGCCAAUAUGCCUAAGAAUAAGGGAAAGGGAGGCAAGAAUCGUCGUCGAGGAAAGAACGAAAACGACAACGAGAAGCGCGAACUCACCUUCAAAGAAGAAGGCCAAGAAUACGCGCAAGUCCUGAAGAUGCUAGGAAACGGACGUCUGGAAGCGCUCUGCUUCGACGGCUCCAAGCGCCUCGCUCACAUCCGCGGCAAGCUUCGAAAGAAGGUCUGGAUCAACCAAGGCGACAUCAUCCUGCUUUCUCUGCGCGACUACCAAGACGAGAAGGGCGACGUAAUCCUCAAGUACAGCGCUGAUGAGGCGAGAUCGUUGAAGGCGUAUGGAGAGUUACCGGAGAGCGCGAAGAUCAACGAGACGGAUACGUAUGGACAGGAGGGCGACGGGGACUGCAAUUUCGAGUUCGACGAGGAUCGGAGUGAGAGUGAAGACGAGGAAGGCAAGGACGGAAAGGCCGUGGAUAUCGAUGAUAUCUAGGCUGCUGGACUUGAGCUGCGGUCUUCGUGGCAAGGGGUCAGUGGGCUGGUGAUGGUGGUGGCGAAAAGAAAAACUGUCUUCUCUCUCAGCCCUGGGAUUGUAGUACUGCAUCCUGGGAACCUCGACAGCAAUUUUUCUUUUGUGUGGUUUUGACUGGGCAGUGGAUUUGCAGUGGGAGAGACGUUGUAGGUCCACUGUCCAGGCCUUCCUUAAUUCUUGUUGUGCUUUAUCAUGGGGAGGAGUCCAGAUUCGUAGGUGGUUCCUGGUGACAAACUUCGAUUCGGGCACUUCAUAGAAUAGAAACACGCAUUGC